GCACGCGCAGUCUCGCUCCCGGAAGUGUCCCGUUCCCAGGGAGCAGGAAGCGAGUAGCGGGGAGGGCGGCGCAGGCACGGAGUCGGACCCUGCCAUGUCGGCCUACGACACCAAUCCGUUCGCCGACCCGGUGGAUGUGAAUCCCUUCCAGGAUCCCUCAGUGACACAGCUGACACAUGCUAACCAAGGUGGCUUGGAUGAAUUCAAUCCCUUCUCUGAGAACUCCCGGCUGACAAAUGGAGCUCAGACAGUUCCAGCGACGCAGCCUGCUGGCCCUUCGCAACCCGCUGUCCUACAGCCAUCUGUGGAACCCACUCCACAGGCUGUAGCCUCAGCAGCCCAGGCUGGACUCCUUCAGCAGCAGGAGGAGCUGGAGAGGAAAGCAGCGGAGCUGGAGAGGAAGGAGCGAGAGUUGCAGAAUAAUGCAGCAGCCUUUAACCCGAGACAGAACAAUUGGCCACCCUUUCCUAAGAAGUGUCCAAUCAAACCGUGUUUCUAUCAGGACUUCUCUGCAGACAUCCCAGCUGAUUACCAGCGAAUAUGCAAGAUGCUGUAUUACUUGUGGAUGUUUCACUCAGUUACCCUGCUUCUAAACCUGCUUGCUUGCCUGGCAUGGUUCACCGACAGACCACAGAGAGGAGUAGACUUUGGUCUCUCAAUUCUGUGGUUUAUUUUGUUCACCCCUUGUGCUUUCCUCUGUUGGUAUCGACCCAUCUACAAGGCUUUCAGGUCUGACAGCUCCUUCAGCUUCUUUGUGUUCUUCUUCGUCUUUUUCUGCCAAAUUGCAAUCUACAUCGUCCAGGCAGUCGGCAUUCCUGGCUGGGGGGACAGUGGUUGGAUUGCAGCUCUGGACGAGACACGAAAUAACUGGGCUGUGUCUAUAGUCAUGAUGGUGGUGGCCGCAUUCUUCACGCUGUGUGCUGUCCUCUCACUCUUCCUCCUAAAGCGGGUGCACUCUUUGUAUCGCCGGACAGGAGCCAGUUUCCAAAGGGCCCAGGAAGAGUUCUCCCAUGGCAUCCUCACCAACAGGAACUUCCAGAACGCAGCUGCCGGGGCCGCUUCUUCAGCUGCACAGGGCGCUUUCCGGGGAAACUAGCCCUUCCCAUGGGCGCCACCACCGUGCUCCCUUCCCCUUCCUUUUUCAUCACAACCUGAUCUUAAGAUGCACUUUCCACGGCACCAUGCUAACUCCACGACGCCGGCUGCGGAGAUGAGAAGAGGUCUCCGUAGCUUCAGCUCAUCUGCAUUUCUGGCGACUAGUUCUUCUUUCCUUGCUUUGGGGUGGGGGGCUAGGUAGGGAAAUAUUCUCUUAAAUCAAAUAUAGCUCUCCUUAUCCAGGA